AUGAAUUUGGUUAAUAAUGAUGGAGAUUCAUUAUCUUCGACAUCGAAAAUAAUCAAUUUAAGCAAAGCUGAUUCAGAUGAUGAUGAUGAUGGUUGUGAUUAUGAAUAUGAUUAUGUUUGUUUAGAAUCAAAGAAAAAAUUAAAUAAUGAUGAUGAACGUAUUAAAAUAUUAUUACCAACAGCAAAUCAAUAUCAAAUUCGUUAUGAAAAUUUAGUUAUACGAUCAAAUGAUCAACAAUUACCUGUGUUACCUGUUCAAAAUGAUAAUAAUUUUCAAUCGAUGAAACAAUUUUAUCGCCGUCAUGUUUUUGGUGCACAACAAAAUUUUCAUCAAUGGACUGCAUUUACAAUUGAAAUUAUCAAUCACCAUAAUCAAUAUCAAACGAAACCAGAAAUUUAUUUCAAUUUUGUUAAACAUAUCCUGUUGGCCGGACAAAAUCUAUUGAAUAUUUUCAAAUUAUAUUUAAAACAAUGGAAAAAAUUCAAUCAUCAACAAUCAACAACAACAAUGAUGAAUAAUGAAUUGGAUGAAUUUUUUCAACAAUUUCUUGAUCAAUUAAAAUUGAUUGUUAUGAAAACAAAACGUUUAACAUUUGUUGCCCAUCACCACCAACAUAAUACAAAUGGUGGAAAAGUCAUGUUUGAUCUGAUUGAACAGAUACAAUUAGCCAGGAAAAUGUCCGAAUUUGUUAGGAAAAUGUUUUGAAAAAUAACAGUCACGCUUUUUGUAAUUCAAAAAAAAAUUAAUUA